AUGGCAGCCAAUGGAGGAUUUGUGCUGUCAAAAUCGGCAAUUUUUACAUUUUGUGUGGGAAUAGUGUUUGGUUUUGCAUUUACGUAUUUCUUUGCCUUUUCUUCUGUAAACUCGCAGUUACCCUCAGUAACUAAUAGAUUCACAUCGACUACAGGAGGUGUUUAUUUGCCCUUGGACCCACACAGUCAUGGUGAAACUGACGGCCUUAGCGGACCGACUCAAUCUGUUCAGUGGUCAGACCAGCUUGCACAUAGUCACAGAGAGGCAUCAGAUGCAGUUGCAAAGAUGUUGUUUGACAAAGUCAGGGUUCUAUGCUGGGUAAUGACAAAUCCAUCAAACCAUGCUACCAAAGCAAAACAUGUUAAAGCUACCUGGGGAAAAAGAUGCAAUAUUUUAGUGUUUAUGAGUACAUCAAAGGACAGUUCAUUGCCAACAGUGGACUUGAAAGUAACAGAGGGACGUGAUAAUCUUUGGGCUAAAACAAAAGCUGCAUUUAAAUAUGUACAUGAGCACUACAUAGAUCAAGCUGACUGGUUUAUGAAAGCUGAUGAUGAUACCUAUGUUGUAGUAGAGAAUCUAAGGUACUUUUUACAAGACAAAGAUCCUAAUUCUGGUGUAUUUUUUGGCCGCCAUUUUAAACCCUAUGUGAAGAAUGGAUACAUGUCUGGAGGGGCGGGCUAUGUACUGAGUAAAGAGGCAUUAAAGAGACUUUCCAAAGUAUUAGAUGAUUCGAAGAAAUGCAGGCAAGAUGGGGGUGGUGCAGAGGAUCUUGAGAUGGGCAAGUGUCUGGCGGCAGUAGGGGUGAAGCCCGGAGACUCUCGGGAUGAGCUGCAGCGGGAACGAUUCCAUCCUUUUGUGCCAGAACAUCAUUUGAUACCAGGAAUUCUGCCCAAGGAUAUGUGGUAUUGGUCUUACAACUACCAUCCAGCUAAGGAGGGUCCAGACUGCUGCAGUGACUAUGCAAUCAGUUUCCACUACGUGCCUCCUAAUAUGAUGUAUGUCCUGGAAUACUUUGUUUAUCAUCUGAAACCGUAUGGUUAUGAUACUGUCAUUAAAGAAGAGUGUAGUAAAACUGAGGAAACAGGGAACCAGACUGAAGACAAGGGAGAUCACCCUGGAAGCACACUACAACACAAGGGAGGUGAUUCAAAUGUAACAGAUAAGUCGAAUAAAAGAAGAGAUGUUCUUGAAGAGACUGAAAUACAGAAUGAAGAAAUAGAUAUAGAAAAAAAUAAAGUAGUAAACAUAGAUAUACAUGUAGCUGAAGAAAAUGAUGACCAAAAACUUGAUAAAGUUGAUGAGAAUGAAAAUAAAGAUAAAACUGUUAAAAGAAAUCUUUUGAAAAUGACUUUACUAAAAGAUAGAGGAGGUUCUUGAUAUUUUUCAGCAUAAAAAAACUAAUUUUAUUCUAUUAUUGACUUACAUUCUCUGUGAUUAAAUUUCAUCACUCGCAGUCAGAAUUUAUAAAUGAGAAAUUGAAGCAUAAUAGAAUUCAUGAUGCCAAAGUAAUUAUCAAAAUUCUGCAAAAACAGAAGAAAUUUUGAAGAAACUCGUUAACGAAACAUCCAUUAACUUUCUUUUUAUACUUUGGAUAGCUUUGCGUGGAGCCUCUGUGAUUCAUUUUGGUGUUAUAUGCGCCAUACAUUUUAUUUUGCAUUUGUUAGUUAGGCACUGUUAAUUUAUAAUUUUAGUUGUUAUAUGUUAUUGAUUAUUAAGGAAUUCAAGGAAAAUCCUAUUUAUUUACCAUUUCAUAAUUAUGUGAGUACAACUUUGAUUUCCGCCUACCUCUUUGUAUGUACGUCUUGUUAAUCUUGCAUGCUGAAUUCCUUGUAUAUUUUGAAAUUCGAAGUAUUCAGAUUCAGUAUUCAGAUCAUCACAUAUUCUCUAAUAUAGGCCUAUUUUCAGUGAAGAAAUCAACAGUUUUCAGCUAAAGUUAUAAAAUUAAAAGCAUAAAUGCCUAUCUGAACAUUUAAAGUAAUAUCUGCCUACCAUUUAGAUAGUGAUUUUUCUUACUUCCCUUUGAUGUCAAAUUAAAUUUCUUUUUCUUUUAUCUUUUACUUCAUAGUUGUGAUAGCGAAACAAUAUUUUAAUGCUGUAACCUUUCAAAAUGUUCAUUAAGGUAUAAGUGCAUUUUGUUGCAUAUAUAUCUUGGAUGUCGACAUAUAUACUACUAUAUCUAGGGAUGCUUACAAAGUCUUUGGAUCUUAUAAUCACAUAUUCUGAACAUUUCACCCGACUAAUUUUAAUAAAGGUCAGGUAGAUGAUUGGAAUAUAUACAGCAUUUCAUUGUCUUUAUGGUCCUUUAUUGAUUUGAAAGAAUUCUUUGACAGACAGACUUCAGUUCCUUCAUGACAGUCAUGAUUUUAGUUUGUGAUUGAAUAGAAAAGUGGCCACAUAUGAGAACUGGGCUUUGUCUAGCCCCCCAAAAAUACAAAUUAAUGACGGAAAAUUCUGUAAACAAGUGAAAACUUAUUAUCUGCUAGCUUUUGGGUAUGGAAGCAUUAUUAGUUAGAAAUACCUAUUAGACAGAGAUUAGUAGAUUACGUAUAAUUAUGGGAUGGUUUUGUCUAAUGUACAUAUUUUUAUCACAGUUAUUGAUUAUAUUGACAUGUUUGUUCCUGUUGCACUGAUUAAAACCCGUUCCAGAUCAUGUGAAAAUGCUGAAAAGAAGUUCAUAUGUAUUUCAUUUAUUUGAUAGGUACUAAACAAGAGUUGUUAAAAAUACUGAUAUCUGCUUUUACCAAAACACUUUCACAUAUUCAAGGAAGAAAUCCAAAUUAUGAGAUUUAGACUAGGCCCUGGUUGUAUGCUAGUGUUAUUUUCUUUUUUGUGGCUCUGCAAAACAGUUUUAUAGUUUUAUAUAGAGUUAUAUAAAGGUUUGUAUCAAUAUAUCCACUGAGCUUUAGACAUUUUUUUACAGACUGAAGGAUGCAUGUGUGUAGCUUUAUUGAUCUAAGACUUUCAGAUGAAGAGGGUUGCAUUCUUUUCCCUUUCAGUUAUGGAAAUGCUUAUUGAGAAUUUUUUUUUGAAAAGUGCAUGUCAAGCAAUGGUAUUUGCUAAAAUAUGUGAUUUGAAAAUUAUUUGUGCAGGCUAAGCUCGAGCUAAAGUUGGGUUUAUUAUAGAAUACAAGUCAAGAUUAAUACUCUGUCUGUUGUAAUUUUUGGACUGAUUUAUUAAAAGAUAUUUUUUUUGGUAUUGUUAUGCUGUCUGUCUAACCAAAGUUUCAUUACCUUGUAUGUUGUUUAAUUUGUUAAUUUGAAUUAUUUCUAGCUUACUUAAACUAACUUAUUUUCUGGAGGAUUUUUAAGACAAAUUAUAAGUAAUGAUAUCAGUACCAGACAAAUGGGUUCAUGUUUUUUGUGUUAUAUUCUUUAUUUAAAUGUCAAUUUCUGAAAAGAAUGUGAAAAUUUACAUACUUCACGUACUUAGUUCAUGUAAAUCAUUUUUUUAUAAUUGUUAUCCAACUUUUCUACCUAUGGCCUAGUUGUUCUGUCUUAACUGUUUAUGUCGUUACUUACUUAUUUACCUACUUACAAUUUUGAUUACCGUACAUGACCUUGCUGUUAUUUAAAAGUAUAUUUACAGUUACUGUUUUUUUUUUGUUUUAUUAUUUUAAUAAUAAAAUUUGAAAAUUAGCGAUGUUUAUAUCCACUUGACCUUUUCUGACAUAUAUUACAUGUAGUUAAAUAUUUAUCUAAAGAAACUGUACAUUUUACAUACUAUUUAGGCUUUAAAUAAAUAUUUUACUGUAAAAUCAUUAAUUUUUGUGGAAGACUAAUUUUCAUACAAGUCAAUAACGGACAAGCAAAAUUCCAAUUUAUUUUAUUUUCAGAAUUUGGAAUUCUUCAGUUUAGAUCCGCAAGAAUUGUUGUUUUGGCCAAAAUCAUGAAAUUUCAAACCCACAAAAUUGAAUGAUUUUACAGAAUAUGUAGACCAGUAUUCUAGUGGGUUAUGGUGCUACCUUAAAUCAAAGUGCAAUUUUUUUGUUAUUGUUGUACCUUGUAUUCAAUGGAAAUAUGAGUGUGUGUUGUGAUUGCAUUUGUGCUUAAGUGUGAUUUCAUUGGUUCUGGGACGAUCUAUGUAUGAAAAGAAUUGGAACCACUGCCUUACCCUUGCAUGAUCGUUUAAGAGGCAACUAAUAGGGUCUUAACACUUGGUUUUGCUGUAACUCUGUGAUUCCAGCAGGUAUGCAAAUUUUGAUUCCAUACCUCAUGUUUUUAUUUUGAUGUAAAUGAGAUGUGAAACCAAAAUUUGUAGUCCUGUUUGGCGCCAUAUAACCUAUACUGUGUUGGUGCGCUGUAAAACCCAAAUAAAUAAAUAAAUUCAUUAUCAAAGAUUGAGAAAUGUUCAAAGUUUGUUAUCUACUUGUAACUUCAUAUUUUAGCUUGUCAAAUUUUUAAGUAUUAUCUACUUAUAAUUUAAGGAGGUAGGUUACCUUGUUACAAGGGUAAAUUCAAAUUAGUUGAACCGCAGCAUCUUUUUGUAUUUCGUGUAAUAUGAAGUUUUAACUGCUAAAAUCUCAGUUUCGUUUGUCUCUGUCCCUUCAAGUUUAAUUUUUAUCUAGGUUUGAAGAACAUGACCCUCCAAAGGUAUUUCAUAUUGAAAGAAGAAGGAAAAUACGGAUAUUUAACACUUUUCAGUGUAUUUUAGUUUCAUUGAUAUCCGUACACAUCAGCAUAAUCUAUAAUUUUACUAGCAUGCACGUUAGCUUUCUAAUAUAAGCAUAAAAUGUAUAUGUCGCGGGGCUCGUGUUUCCAUGGUAACGCAUUUUCUCUCAUUUUUGAACAAUUAUGUAUAAAAAUAGGGGUUUUCGACGGCUUAAGUGCCAUUCUGUUAAUGACCAACAUGGAAUAUCUGGGUAAUAUUAUUAGCAAAAUACCAAGCACUAUACAUGGUACCCUAUUUUUCUUAAAGUUUAAAGUAACCAUGGCAACAUAGAUGUUUAAAAUGGCUUAUAUCUUGCUUUUUUCGUAAUUUCUUAUAAAAUAAUAUUGAAUAAGAUUAUCUUUCUAGUUGAUGUAGCUUUGAAACAUAUUAUUUCUAACGUAAGUUAUAUUUUCGUGUUAUCUGCAUUUAUUCAAACAAAUUUCAAAGCUUAGAAUACUUACAGCAGUACCCCUUGUCUGGCAUUUUUCAUGGAAAAAUCGUUCAGCAUGCUACUAUUAUUCUCAUGGAUAUUGUUGAAAUGAAAAUAAAAAGCCGAAGCUGUGUUUCUUAAAUAGACUAGUGUCAACGCUUUUGAAUUUUACAUUUAGAUACAUAGGUCACGGGCUUCGUUUCCAUGGUAACAUCAAUUCAAUUCAAGAAACCACAAUUUUCUACUGAAACUUGAACACUUUUAGAUCUUAGUUUUAGUAAAUAAGUAACAAAUUAUCAACGGAACCUGAAAAAUAGGUAUCACAAAUCAAACUGCUAGAUUUUUUAUUAAUCCCCCACCAUGGCGGAGGGAUUAUAGGAAUGGUCUGCGUCCGUCCUUCCGUCCUUCCGUCCGUCCUUCCGUCUUUCCGUCCGUAACAAAAUCGUGUCCGGUCCAUAUCUCCUAAACCCCUUGAAGGAUUUUUAUGAAACUUGGGUCAAAUGAUCACCUCAUCAAGACGAUGUGCAGAACCCAUGAGUCAGCCUUGUCGGUUCAGGGUCAAGGUCACAACUCAAGGUCAAAGGUUUGAGCCUGCCAUUUUGUGUCCGCUCUAUAUCUCCUAAACCCCUUGAAGGAAUUUUAUAAAACUUGGGUCAAAUGAUCACCUCAUCAAGACGAUGUGCAGAACCCAUGAGUCAGCCAUGCUGGCUCAAGGUCAAGGUCACAAGUCAAGGUCAAAGGUUUGAGCCUUCCAUUUUGUGUCCGCUCUAUAUCUCUUAAACCUCUUGAAGGAAUUUUAUAAAACUUGGGUCAAAGGAUCACCUCAUCAAGGCGAUGUGCAGAACUUAUGAGUCAGCCAUGUCGGCUCAAGGUCAAGGUCACAACUAAAGGUCAAAGGUUUGAGCCUUCCAUUUAGUGUCUGCUCUAUAUCUCCUAAACCCCUUGAAGGAAUUUUAUAAAACUUGGGUCAAAUGAUUACCUCAUCAGAACGAUGUGCAGAAAUUAUGAGUCAACCAUGCCAGCUCAAGGUCAAGGUCACAACUAAGGGUCGAAGGUUUGAGCCUUCCAUUUAGUGUCCACUCUGUAUCUCCUUAACCCCUUGAAGGAUUUUCAUCAAACUUGGGUCAAAUGAUCACCUCAUCAUGAACUCAUGAGUCAGCCAUGUUAACUCAAGGUCAAGGUCACAACUGAAGGUCAAAGGUUUCAGCUCUGUAUCUCCUAAACCCAUUGAAGGAUUUUCAUGAAACUUUGGUCAAUGAUCACCUCAUCAAGACGUUGUGCAGAAUUCAUGAGUCAGCCAUGUCAGUUCAAGGUCAAGGUCACAGCUAAAAUCAAAGGUUUUACCCUUUCACUAUCCAUAGCAGUGGCGGGGGAUUUAGCUGUCAUUCAGACUGCCUUGUUUGAAAAUGGCCGUAACAAGUAACCUCUCACCCAACUAUAUUCCAAAUAACAUUGGUUACCAUCAUCCAUUUUCUUACAUUCCGCAUAACAUUUCAAUAUAACUACAUAAAAGAAGCAAAAUAUUGAUUAUUUUUCAGAGCAAAAGACUCAUAAAAAAUAUUUCAGCAAAUAAUGGUUAUUUGAAAAUAGUUUGAAUAAAGAAAAUGCAAAGAAUUACGUACUUUCAAGAUAAAAGCUAUUAAUUUUAAAGGUUAACUGACACGUAACGUCAUGACGUCAAUGACGUCAUUUUAAGGCAACAUUGUUUUGAAGCGUUUCUGCAGCAAUUUAUUCAUUAUUUCUGCAUUAUUAAACCAUAAAGCGUCAGAUCGAAGACAGGUCUAUGAUUUGUUUUCAGAAGAAUGAAUAAACAAACACAUUUAGUUUGUCGUAAACGUUGUCGUAAAUCGUCACAUUAGCUUCCGGUUGGACAUGCGCACAUACAAAUAUAAAGGUAACCUACCUCCUUAAACUACAUAUUGUAAUUUGUUAAAUUCUGAAGUUAAAGAUGAGUAUUUGCUAUGUAACUUUGAAAUACUGAACCUGUGUGUAGUUUGGUUUAGCAUAUUCAUUAUGGUUAUAGUCUGUUUCAUUGUUCAGUUUCCCAUUUUUAGCUCACCUGUCACAAAGUGACAAGGUGAGCUUUUGUGAUCGCGCGGCGUCCGUCGUCCGUACGUUAGUCCGUCCGUCCGUAAACUUUUGCUUGUGACCACUCUAGAGGUCACAUUUUUCAUGGGAUCUUUAUGAAAGUUGGUCAGAAUGUUCAUCUUGAUGUUAUCUAGGUCAGGUUCGAAACUGGGUCACGUGCGGUUGAAAACUAGGUCAGUAGGUCUAAAAAUAGAAAAAACCUUGUGACCUCUCUAGAGGCCAUACUUUUCAAUGGAACUUCAUGAAAAUUGGUCAGAAUGUUCAACUUGAUGAUAUCUAGGUCAAGUUCGAAAUUGGGUCACGUGCCGUCAAAAACUAGGUCAGUAGGUCAAAUAAUAGAAAAACCUUGUGACCUCUCUAGAGGCCAUAUUUUUCAUGGGAUCUGUAUGAAAGUUGGUUUCAAUGUUCAUCUUAAUGAUAUCUAGGUCAGGUUCAAUACUGGGUCAACUGCGGUCAAAAGCUAGGUUAGUAAGUCUAAAAAUAGAAAAACCUUGUGACCUCUCUAGAGGCCGUACUUUUCAAUGGAUCUUCAUGAAAAUUGGUCAGAAUGUUCAACUUGAUGAUAUCUAGGUCGAGUUCGAAAUUGGGUCACGUGCCUUCAAAAACUAGGUCAGUAGGUCAAAUAAUAGAAAAACCUUGUGACCUCUCUAGAGGCCAUAUUUUUCAUGGGAUCUGUAUGAAAGUUGGUCUGAAAUCAUCUUGAUGAUAAGUAGGUCAAGUUUGAAACCGGGUCAACUGUGGUCAAAAACUAGGUCAGUAGGUCUAAAAAUAGAAAAACCUUUUGACCACUCUAGAAGCCAUAUUUUUCAAUGAAUCUUUAUGAAAAUUUGUCUGAAUGUUCAACUUGAUGAUAUCUAGGUCAAGUUCGAAAGUGGGUCACGUGCCUUCAAAACUAGGUCAGUAGAUAUAAAAAUAGAAAAACCUUGUGACCUCUUUAGAGGCCAUACUCUUCAUGAGAUCUUCAUGAAAAUUGGUGAGAAUGUUAGCAUUGAUAAUAUCUAGGUCAAGUUCAAAACUGGGUCAUGUGCCUUCAAUAACUAGGUCAUUAGAUCAAAUAAUAGAAAAGCCUUGUGACCUCUCUAGAAGCCAUAUUUUUUAAUGGAUCUUCAUGAAAAUUGGGUCAUGUGGAGACAGGUGAGCGAUUCAGGACCAUCAUGGUCCUCUUGUUGUAUAAAUCAUUUUGCAAUAAAUUUUCAAAGUUACAUGACUAACUUAACAUUGACAAAUGAGCCAAGCAUUUAUUAAGUUUACUAGUAUGUCAUAUGCUGAGUGAUGGUGUUGUUGUUGUUGUAUAGAAUCUUCUGUUUGCAAUAGUGUUUUUGUAAUGUCUGAGGCACUGGAGAGUAUUUCUUAAUUGUGUACUGCUGACUUAAAUAUAAAGUUAAUGGCUGCCAAAUUCAGUAUUUGUUUCUUGAAAAGAUCCAGUCCAUAUAUUUUUUAUGUACUGGAUUAUUUUUAUUUUAUACAUUCAUUUAAUAGGUUUUUUGUCGUGUUAAUGUCACAAAUUGAAUAAUAUCAAAAUUUCUUUGUAGCACUAAGCAUGGCAUAUCCUUGCUAAGAACUUAUCUAAAAAUUGAUCAGAUACUAAAUAUGUAAAGGUUGCUAAGUGAUUUUUUAAAGUUGUACAUUUUUAGCUCACCUGUCACAAAGUGACAAGGUGAGCUUUUGUGAUCGCGUGGCGUCCGUCGUCCGUCGUCCGUGCGUAAACUUUUGCUUGUGACCACUCUAGAGGUCACAUUUUUCAUGGGAUCUUUAUGAAAGUUGGUCAGAAUGUUCAACUUGAUGAUAUCUAGGUCAAGUUCGAAACUGGGUCAUGUGCGGUCAAAAACUAGGUCAGUAGGUCUAAAAAUAGAAAAACCUUGUGACCUCUCUAGAGGCCAUAUUUUUCAUGAGAUCUUCAUGAAAAUUGGUCAGAAUGUUCACCUUGAUGAUAUCUAGGUCAAGUUCGAAACUGGGUCACGUGGGGUCAAAAAGUAGGUCAGUAGGUCUAAAAAUACAAAAACCUUGUGACCUCUCUAGAGGCCAUAUUUCUCAAUGAAUCUUCAUGAAAAUUGGUCUGAAUGUUCAUCUUGAUGAUAUCUAGGUCAAGUUUGAAACUGGGUCACGUGGGGUUAAAAACUAGGUCAGUAGAUCUAAAAAUAGAAAAACCUUUUGACCUCUCUAGAGGCCAUAUUUUUCAUGAGAUCUUCAUGAAAAUUGGUCAGAAUGUUCAGCUUGAUGAUAUCUAGGUCAGGUUCGAAACUGGGUCACGUAGGGUCAAAAACUAGGUCAGUCGGUCUAAAAAUAGAAAAACCUUGUGACCUCUCUAGAGGUCAUAUUUUUCAGUGGAUCUUCAUGAAAAUUGGUCAGAAUGUUCACCUUGAUGAUAUCUUGGUCAAGUUCGAAACUGGGUCACGUGCGGUCAAAAACUAGGUCAGUAGGUAUAAAAAUAGAAAAACCUUGUGUCCUCUCUAGAGACCAUAUUUUUCAUGAGAUCUUCAUGAAAAUUGGUCAGAAUGUUCACCUUGAUGAUAUCUAGGUCAAGUUCGAAACUUGGUCACGUGGGGUCAAAAACUAGGUCAGUAGAUCUAAAAAUAGAAAAACCUUGUGACCUCUCUAGAGGCCAUAUAUUUAGUCAAUGAAUCUUUAUGAAAAUUGGUCAGAAUGUUCAUCUUGAUGAUAUCUAGGUCAGGUUUGAAACUAGGUCAGUAGAUCUAAAAAUAGAAAAACAUUGUGACCUCUCUAGAGGCCAUAUUUUUCAAGAGAUCUUCAUGAAAAUUGGUCAGAAUGUUCAUCUUGAUGAUAUCUAGGUCAAGUUCCAAACUUGGUCACGUGUGGUCAAAAACUAGAACAGUAGGUCUAAAAAUAGAAAAACUUUGUGAUGUCUCUAGAGGCCAUAUUUCGCAAUGGAUCUUCAUGAAAAUUGUAGAGAAUGUUCAGCUUGAUGAUAUUUAGGUCAGGUUCGUAACUGGGUCAUGUGCGAUCAAAAACUAGGUCAGUAGGUCGAAAAAUAGAAAAACUUUGUGACCUCUCUAGAGGCCAUAUUUUUCACGAGAUCUUCAUGAAAAUUGGUGAGAAUGUUCAUCUUGAUGAUAUCUAGGUCAAGUUUAAAAGUGGGUCACGUGCUUUCUAACACUAGGUCAUUAGGUCAAAUAAUAGAAAAACCUUGUGACCUCUCUAGAGGUCAUAUUUUUCAAUGGAUCUUCAUGAAAAUUGGUCAGAAUUUUUUAUCUUGAUGAUAUCUAGGUCACAUGUGCUCAAAAACUAGGUCAUUUUGUCAAAUAAUAGAAAUAACGAUGUCAUACUCAGUUCAACACUGGGUCAUGUGGGGAUAGGUGAGCGAUUCAGGACCAUCAUGGUCCUCUUGUUUCCAAAAAGGUUGCUAUUAUAAAUUUUGUAUGAAGGAAAACUGUUAAGUACCUGACAUUGGUACCUUUAUGAAGGGAACUUACCCAAAUAAAACUGAUGCCUUUAUGAAGGGAACUUCCCCAAAUAAAACUGAUGCCUUUAUGAAGGGAACUUGCCCAAAUAAAACUGAUGCCUUUAUGAAGGGAACUUCCCCAAAUAAAACUGAUGCCUUUAUGAAGGGAACUUGCCCAAAUAAAACUGAUACCUCCAUGAAGGGAACUUCCCACAGCAAAAUUGAUAGAAGUUAUACAUGUAUCUUUAUGAAGGGAAAUUCCCCAAGUUAAACUGAUACCAUUUAGGAAAUGAAAUAUUCUUUUUCGGAGUUCAUGCAAAAUGAAUGGCAGAAUAGGAUUGGUAAAUCUUAGGAUUGCGCUAGGGAUUCGUGUUCUAUUUGCCGAUCCUAUUCUGUAGUUCAUUUCGCAUGAACUCCGAAAAAAAUCACAUAUUUACGUUACGUUUUCUUUCCAUUUGUAAACAAAUUUAAAUUAUAUUAUAAAUUGUACACAUCUUGUUGCAUUUAACAUUAAAAUCAGCUUCCCGCUAUUCUGUUCACCAGACGGAAUAAUUGCGACGUCAUCAAAGGAACGUUCUCCCUGACUAUACACCUACGUCAUCAUAACAGUUGCCAGUUAUCACUAAGCAGCGUUGUAGUAACUUUGGCGCUUUUCCUUUUGCUGUUUGUACAAAAUGAGCAUCAUAUUUUCAGUGGUAAUGAAUAUAGCAAAUGUAAAUAAUAUUAUAAAGUAAAUACUAUUAUAAAGUAAAUUCAACUAGUAAAUCUGAUACCAUAAGGCAAAAAAAAUAUAUGUGGUUCAGGGAACAUUGCUCAGAAAGUUGGGAGGCUAGGUAGUUUUUUUUUUGUUUUUUUUUUUUUUUUUUUUUUAAAUCCUCUCAUUUUCAUACAAAAUGUAUAUGCUGCUUAACUUGCUUAACUAAAAGAUUGUACUCUGACAAUGCUGAGAGAAGCCAUAUGAGCCGCGCCAUGGAAAAACCAACAUAGUGGCUUUGCGACCAGCAUGGAUCCAGACCAGCCUGCGCAUCCGCGCAGUCUGGUCAGGAUCCAUGCUGUUCGCUUUCAAAGCCUAUUGGAAUUAGAGAAACUGUUAGCGAACAGCAUGGAUCCUGACCAGACUGCGCGGAUGCGCAGGCUGGUCUGGAUCCAUGCUGGUCGCAAAGCCACUAUGUUGGUUUUCUCAUGGCACGGCUCAUAUCAUUUUGCAUCUUCCAACAUGUGGUAUUGUGGUGUUUGCUUGUUACUAUAUAGCCAUUUAACCAUGUAUACUAUCUUCUGUGCUUGCUUUUUAUGUACCUUUUGCCUUUUAAUCACCCUCUGUACUAUGCAAACCUGCAAAAGGAGUUCACAAAAUCCAGGGUUUUUUCUCACCAUUUUGGGAAUAUAAACAGAUCUUUGAAAACCAGAGAAUUAAGCAAAAACAUGAUAAUUGGAAGAGAAAGUCAUCUUACACAAAUAAAAUAUAUAGCACUUGAAUAAAUAAAGUUGAAAAUUUCAGAAGUUUUAUCUGCUGACAGAAGUCAUCAGGAGAUUCCAUUGUGCUACAGAAGGCGAUAAUUGCAUAACACUUCACCAUUAAACUACAAAAUAAAAAUUAAAUGCUAGAAAAAUGUCACACGUAUCAGGAGAAAGUAUACUUGAACGUGCGUAUCCAAAAAGAUGUUAUCUGAAUUCCGAGUUAUAACAGGUGCCUGCAAGCGUUGCUGUCUGCUGUUUUUCCAAUAUAACUUUGUAACGUCGGUAAACUUCAUUCUCUUCCUUUUUAUUAUCCCAAUUCAAUGUUAGACAAAUAUAACCCCAUAAUGCAAAAUAAAUAAAACCAUAUGCAAGUUAAACGAAUGUAUUUUGUGUAGAUUUUAACCCGAAAUAACGGCAUAUAGUGACGCUAGCGGCCAGUCACUUUCAGCUUAAAUGUCAGCCUUAUAGAAACAUUUUGACAUAUUAUUUAUGAAAACAUAACUUUGGCCUUACAUUUAUAGUUGAUUCAUUGAAAACUUAAUAAGUUUUUAUAACUUUAUCUCUAAAUUAUCGGUUAUUUUCAUACCAAUGGAUGUUUUCAAUUUUCAAGAUGGUGUGACUUUUCGUCGGGAAAAGUAUGGCUUCAUAUUUACAAAUCAAGAGCAGGACAUUCUCAUCCAUCAGUGGUUCGUCAAAAUCUCAAGUUCAUAUGGGGAACCAUGGUAGACCUCUGGUGUGCUAGAAUGGAUGCAGGAGUGAAGACAUCGGUCAGUUUUUAUGACUUUGGUGUGCUAAAAAUAUUCAUACUCCCAAGAAAAUGGACAAAAAUUUAGGGUUGGCAGGUAAAAUUUGGGUCGGUCAGGUUCCCUGAACCACACAUAUUUUUUUUUGGCCUAAUGAAGGGAACUUGUCCAAGUAAAAAUGGACACCAGAGCUAAGUCUUUAUUUUUAAGUAGAGACAAAUGUCAUUUAUGUUGGCAAAAUAUUGAUCUUAAAAAUAUUUCCAGGAAGUUAGCAGAAUUAGUUUUAGCUAAGGCAGCUUUAUGCUUCAUUACUGUUCCAGACCUUGUUUUUUAGAUUAAAAUUUUUUCAGACUACUUGUGUUCACAGAAUUUUCUGUAUCUGUUCAGCUUUAGUUAAAUAUACAUUUUCUGUUAUUAAUAAUUAUUUUUAGUCAUAUAAAGACAUGUGCAUUCCAUGAAUUCAUGAAGUACACUUACAGUCAGUUUGUAUGUCAUUUUUAUACACGUCUCUGAAAUGGCAGGGCAUAUUAUGUGAGCACCCACAGCAAGCGGGCGGGCUGUCUGCGUCCAAAAGCAUGUCCGCUUUCUAAGUCAAACAGUUUUCAUCUGAUCUUCACCAAACUUGGUGACAAUGUUUGUAGGCAUACUAUUUCACUGAAGUUUGAUAACCAUCAAAAUCGCCCAGGCACUCAUGAGUUAUGGCCCUUGCAUUAGACCAAGUUCGAUGACAGGCAUAUUUUGUGACAGUUUGCCACUCUGGUUCAAGAUAAUAUUGUCCUUCUAAAAUGAGUACUGAAACAUAAAUGGCACCAUUGUUUGACUGGACCAAAAUUACUGUACAUAUCUCAUGUCUAAGUCUUGAGACAUAAAAUCACAAAUAAAAGUUUUAUUAUUGUAGAAAAAAUUCAUUAAGGUUGAAGGUGUUGGUAUAAAUAUAUAUAUUUAUCCUUUAGUGUUUGUUGUGAAGUGUUUUUGUUCUUUUUUUGCUUGACUUCUGGUAGCUCUGGUAUACUAGUAUUAUGGUAUUAAUUGUUUCUGACGUUACUAUGUUCUGACAUUGUAUAAAAAUAUCAAUUUAUUGAUUUAUGGUGCAAUCGGGGUAAUUAUCCAUUUGUUGAGGUAGUUAAUAUUGAAAUGAAAACAAUCUGUGAAAUUUAUACGUUAAAAAUAUAAGUGCCAAGACUUUUGUACUGUUUUUUGCUACAUUUGUAUUUAGAUUAUAAUUUCAUUUGUUUGUAAUUUUUUAGUCAAAAUAAAGUGAACCCAUAGAAUUCUGGACUGUAU